UUUCCGUGUUACUUUGCCACCACCUCCAGCUGAGUGCAUAUAGUCUAGUAAAAUUAUAAAAUUAGAUCUGGAUCUAGACUAGAUGCAACAAUACAAAAGCUUAGCUUGUAUAGUCUAGAUAUAGAGUCUACUAAAGUCAAAGAACAACGAAGUAAGGCAGAUUGGUUUAAGGUCUACCCUAUCUUGUUUUUAAACUGGAGUUAUGGUGAAAAUCAAGCUAAUAGCCUGUCUGUGAACUUUUCAAUUAAAUCUUCUAUACCUGUGAUUGGCUGUGAUGAAUGCUACCAGUGAAGUGGAGCUCCACACUAGCCUGAACAGAACCUCAAGUGUCAUGGCUAGUGUGAAUAGCACAUCGGCCUCAAAUACAAAUCAUUUGUAUGAUGCUCUACAGAUACCACAAAAAGAGGAUUUGAUUUCUUCCAAUGCCAUGUUAUCCAAUGUGCUUUCCACUGACUUGUAUGAGACCACAACAAAAUCGGCUACUACAGAAGUAACCUUACGACCAGCACUGCCCUACACAGCACAGCUUAGUCUGACUGUAGUAUACAUUGUGAUGUUUUCAUUGCUGUUUGUCCUGGUCUAUGUACAGCUGUGGAUGAUAUGGUACUACAGACAUAAACGACUUAGCCACCAGACUCUUUUUCUCUUCAUGGGCCUCAUUUGGGCUGGACUCAGGACAUCAUUAUUUUCAUUCUAUUUUUAUAACUGUGAGGAAGCAAACAAUUUAAAUAUUCCAUUCUAUUGGUUGAUGUACAGUUUCCCGGUUUGUUUACAAUUUGCAAUGUUGUGCUUGCUGCUGCAUUUCUUUGCUCAGGUUGUGUUAAAGGCCAAAGCCAAGUAUGAGCCAAGUCAAUACCAGUGCCCUUUACGAAUCUUCCUUGGUCUUUCUGUACUUUUAUUUACAUCAAUGAAUUUAGCAUGUGCUAUCUUUACCAAGCUGCACGAAAUUAAAGAAUCCUCUGUUCCUAUGUAUUUAUAUUAUAUUCGUGUAACACUCACAGAAACUAUGUUUCUUGCGUAUGGAAUUUUGCUGUCUAUGUGCAUAUUCAAAAUGACCAAAAUGGUUUCUUCUCAAAGAGUUCUAGAAGCAAAGGGCACCACAGUGAGAAAAGCUGUAGCAGUCACAAUUUUAAUCAAUUUGUUGUUUUUAUCUCGUACUGUCUACAACUUGAUAUCAAUAUGUAAUACCAUGAAGACAACUCCAAACUUUGGUUAUGAUUGGAUCAAUGUAACUGACCAGGCUGACUCAGUUCCAAAUUUAUCACAAACUUUUGCUUAUGCCUCUUUUGGACUGGUUCUUUUUGUUUGGGAGGUGUUACCUAUUUUUAUUGUCGUCAUUUUCUUCAGAGUCAAACGAUUAACCUCAGGACAGGUGCUGACAGAUUUCUCAACACAGAGUCAUGGUUCAAGAGUUUUUUUCUUUGACAAUCCCAGACGUUAUGAUAGUGAAGAUGAUUUGUCUUCCCAGCCCUCCACAAAUCCCCAUGGGGACAUUACUGGAUCACGCUCUCUAAAUGGAGAUAGUUAUCGUUCUUUGACUCCAAGAGGCACACCUGGUGGGACUCCCAUCAAUGCUCCAGUUUGGGGAUACUAUUCAGCCUCUCCGACUUAUCCCAGUGCAAGCAGUCCUCUCUCUGGAGUGUCCAGUAGUACUAUACUAAUACAUUCUCCCAGAAGACUAGGAUAUGGAAGUAUUCAGCCUGCAGUCAUAACACCAUUGAGACCUCCAACUACAUACAAAACCUCAAAAUAACUUGAUCUAUAAAGUAACGCAGCCAGUAACCACGCCAGGAUUUCUAAUGAUUUUUGAGGAAUGCAUUGUUUCAAGGUUGACAUUGUGACUUAAAAAUAUGUUGUUUAUAAUUUUUUAAAAAAGAUUUUUGUUUAUAUUCAUACAGUAAGAUUGCCUCACCAUAAUUUGAGCUUCAUUAAACAAGGUCAUAAAAAUAAGAAUACGAAUAUUUGAAAGUAUCUUUACUUUACUUAACUUCUUUAAAGAUUUCAUUACUUUUUUUUACUUCAUUGCAUAGUUUGUUUAUUUUUUUUUUAUUUGAUUCUUUGGCAUCCAAGACUUUCAGAGUUUAUAUAAAUGUAAUAUGCUAUACAGUUACAUCCAUAAAAUCUAUAUAAAAAAAAAAAAGGAAAAAUUUGUAAAACAAAUAUUACAUUAUUGCAUUUAAUGAAAUACAGAGGAUAUAUGUUUUGUAAUGGGUUAUGCUGUUGUUGUUUUUUUUAUGACCCUGGGAUGGUGUCAAUGUUUGUAAAAUGUAAACAUUGAAUGUUCUAAAUCCAAUUGAUCUUAGUUCAAAAACAUGAAAGAUACAAGUGAAGCAAUAUUAAGAAUAUAUAUAUAUAUAUAUUUAAUCCAGAUUUGUACAAGUUUUUAAACAAUUGAAAUCUUAUCUUAAUAAUAGGUUUAUCCAUGUAGAAAUGCAUUAAUUUGUAUCAUUACCAGCACAUGGAAUUAAGAAUUUUGCAGAAGUUAUAGGAGGCCUUGAUGAAUAUAUUAUGUUUUUAAAACAUUUGUUUUUUCUUAGUUUUCGAACCAGCUUAUUAAGGGAAUAUUUUAAUGUUAUAGUAGUUUAUAUAUUUUAACUGGUGUUAGAGGUGGCAAAUUAAAAUUCUGAUAUUUAGGUUAAGCAACCUUAAUUUUUAGAUGUUUCUUUUAAGAGAUAUUUGGUUAAAUCUCUGGGACUAGCUGAGCUUUCUUCUUGUUUUCAUUAUUGGCUAUGAAAAUGUAAAAGACUUUUAUGAAACUCUUCUGUAUCUGAAAUGGAAUGUCUGUUAGUGCUUCCACACUGGCUAAAUGGCUCUGUUUUACUAGAGUUUUUAUUCUCUUGCUUGGAUUGAAGCUGUUUUUUAAGGGUGUAUAUUUGAAAUGUUUUUAAUUUUUUAUUAUAACCAAUGCAGCUUUUUGUUUUUAUUGUAAAACAAUUUUGUUUUGACGUUUCUAUAAAUCUUAACAGAGAAAAAAAUCUGCAUCUUUUUUUCUUUUUGUUAAGAUUCCAUAAAGUUAAUAGUUAGAAAAUACAAAUCUAACAAUAAAUAUAAUUUAAUUUAAGAAAAUUUUAUUUGCAUUUGAAACAAAAUUUCUUCCACAUUAUGCUGCUGCUUAUUCUUUAUGUCAUGUUAAAGUUUUACUUUAACUCAUUGCUUCCAGUACCUCUUUAUUCUCUUGAAAUAAAAUCUUCUCUUAAAUAAAUGAUGCUACAUUAGUGAACAUGUGUUAACUAACUUCCCUUAUAUGUAGUUCUUGUUUUUUAAGAAAUAAAAACUUAAAGUUACUCAAGCAACCAAUAUUAUUGCAGUGUUAGAAAUUUUAUAUCUUUUUUUUUUUUUUUUAAAUUAACAAUUACUUCUUUUUCAUUCCUUUUUUUUUUCUUAUUUGUAAACUAAUUGCUUUUAAGUAUGAAUUUUGAUUUUAGGAUUUUUAGGAAGUUCCUCAAAUGAGUAUCAGAUUUUUGAUUUUUGUUUUGGAAAAUAAAAGUUUAAUUAGUCAUUGUGCAGGCCAUACGACAUCCUCUUUACUGGCGAUAGCUAAUUAUUUCAUCUUCCCAUUGUAUCACCAGAUCUCCAAUUGAAACUUGAGUUUGAUAGCUUUGACACAAAGGAUUUCUUUUUUCAGUUUUAACCUACUGCUGAAUCAUUAGAAUUCAUUAGGCAGAGCAGCAUACCGCAUUUGUAGCAGUUUUUGUUUGUUUGUUGUUGUUUUUUUUUUUUGCAUUUUUGAAAUGAUCCAAAACUAAUUUCAAGUAAUAAUGGCAUUGAUAAAAUUUAUAUUUUUUAAACAUGUGUGGCAAAUGCCUCAUGACAAUAACAGUCUGGUUCAUCUUCAAUAAUAAAAAUAAUUCAUCAUUAUCACGCACUUGCAUCAUUCAUGGUCUCAGGUAAACACCAUUUCAAUUUGUAUGUUGCAAUGUUAGGCUUCCCCACCUCUUCUCUCUCUUGAAUGAUCUUGAAUGGCCUUCAUUUCUUUCUUGUACUUAAAGUUGUCCAUCUUGUAUAGCUGUCUUAGUCUUUUUGUCAUUCUGAGUAAGUGCCCCAGUAAUCUCCAUUAUCUGUGCAUGAUCGCUAAUAUACAGAAGAUUGUUCGUUUUUCAUUUAAGAUAGUGUUUGGUCUGUAGCUUCUCAAUAUUUGUGUCAAUUUCCUGUUUUGGUAAGCUUUGUUUUUUUGACAGUUAAAGAAAGACAUUUUCUAAAGCACAUUUAUUUGGUGAUGAUUCAUAGAUUAGGGAUUGAGCAUAUCUUGCUAGAUUUUCAAAAUGUUCUUUAGUGUACCAAGAUGGUUAACUGGACAAUUUAUGGCUUUAAAAUGAGUUUUAAAACAUAACUAAAAAUUUUCAUAUAAAAAUAAUGAAGGGUACCUUUUUUUUUUAUAAUUAGCUUUAGCUUCUGUGUUAAUUUAAUAUUAUUCUGUUACUAACCAUGACAAAUAAUUUUUAAAUCUAUAGAAUCAUUUGUUUUGACUUCGCAUGUAAACUACAUUUGAGUAUAUAACUUCACUCUCUUUAAUAGAAUAGAAGUCAUCUCUAGAUAUUCAGAUUGAGUUUUAAUUGGCACAGAGAACAUUAUUUUGGUUGUUUUGUAUCUAAUUUGUCUUCUGAGGCACAUUUUCAUUUUCUAACUAAAGACCAAAAUGUAUUCAUCUGCUGUAAAUUUGUAUUUGAAAUAUAUGCUUGAAGUACACAUUAAUCUAUGUUUAUUGUAUAUGAUUAUAUAAAAGAAAACAAGUCAUUCUAUGUGAAUAUUGAAAUUAUUUCAUUCCAUUUGACUGUGAUUUUUACACUGAAUUUAUUGAUAACAAACAAAAUGUCUACAUCUUUUUUUUUUACUGAAGAAAAAAAAAGGAACAAAAGUGAAUUUCAUUGAGUUUUUUUUUUUUAUUUUAUUUAUUGGCAUUUACAGUGAAACCAAAGGCGCUCUUUUUUUUAUGCAAAAUGUUUGACUUAUUCCUUAGACAAAUCAGAAAAAGGAGGACUAGGCUGGAUUGGGGCAUUUAGUCACAUGUAGCAGACAGUGAAGAUUAAGACAUGCCAUGUUUCAUUACACACAAAAGCUGAAAAUGUCUCAGAACACCAAGUGUGUGUAUUUGGCAACCCAUAAGAUAUAUGGAGUGUGUACAUUUUUUACUGCACUUCACUCAAACUACAGAGGCUUGAACAGUAUUAUGUUUUUUAGACAUCUAAGGUUUGCAGACCUACAUUGAGAUUGUGUUAUCAACCUUUUUACUGGCUCUUUUGUAUGAAUAGGUUUAAUGGAAAGAAACAGUAAUAACUUAAGUCAGCGAUGCCCAACCUUAUUCGGCAUGGGGACAUUUUAGUUUCCAACUCUCGUAUCACAUGACCGAAAAGUUACAAAAACAAAAUGAAAUUGAACUGAAACAUUUAUAUUUUUUUUAGAAACGUGUGGAUCUAGUACUUACAUUUGUUAAUGAGAUAUCUGAAAGUUAUCUUUUUUAAACAUCGGAACAGGGCUUCAUUUCUCUACUUAAAAUGUGAGCAACUUUGAGCUAGCUUUUCCAACGACUCAUUUUCUUUGUCUCUUUUAGCUAAAUAUUCCCUUCUAUCCUCCAAUGUCUAGGCGUUGUUUAACAAUUAUUUAUUCACAGCACAAACCAAGAAUGCCGUCAUAUCUGUAUUAUAGUGCAUUUCUUGUUGAUUUUCUUUACAAAUAAAAUAUUUUGGCUGAGCAUGACUUAUUAUCAUGUUUAACACAAAAAAAAAGUAAAGAUUCAUUCAACUUUUCCUGGUAGAUUCUAAAUUCAGACUCCACUUGUAGUUUUUUCGGCUUCAUCAUUUCAAAAACUUACAAAUAUUAAAGGUUAUAGUACCAAUCCAUUAGAGAAAAAGUGAGUGCCCUAACUUAGGUAAGAUACAUUUUAAAACCUUUUCUUUCAUCUGGGAAAAAAAAAAGGGGAGGGGGGGGGGGGGUUAUUACACUUUGUGCUGACGGGCCAGAUCUGGCCCACAGGCUGUAUUUUGGGCAUCACUGACUUAAGUGAUUAUAAGAUUUGUUGACAGAAAUUAAGUUUAGAAAUGUAUUUAGUGCUUUUUAUUUAACAUAAAGCAAACUCAAUACUUAUAAAUGUCAAAAUGUCACUAAUGUUUAGAUUUGUUUAGUAUUUACAAAAAACUAUUUCAAAUAUGAUGUUUGAAUCUAUUAACAGAAACAUAAUUUCUAUUGUCAUGCAAACAAUUUGUGGAUAUUGUUAGUUAUUGGAUUUUUUUAAUUAAUUAAUUUGCACAAGUUCCAAUAAAAAUCUGCUGGUUCUAUAUGAGUUUAGUAUUAACAUUUUCUUUGUCUAACAAGAUAUUAAUUAAUGAUGCCUAUCCAAGGUGUGCCAUGAGCUGAGUUUAUAAUUGUCUAAAGUUGUACAUUUGUGACUUGAGGUCCUUACUAACGUCCCUUAAUUCACCGAAGUUCUGAGUACUUGGCUUUCAGUUGGGUAAAGUAAAAUGUCAUCCUAUUGACCAUAUAUAACAACUGUUGUUAACCAUUAGCCUAGAAAAUGAACAUCCCUAAGGCGUCAAAUGGGUUUUUGUUAAUUUUCUUGACUGAAUCGGAGGAAUAAAGUCUUUAACUGGCAGACACAUUAUUUAAAAAACAAUUUGAUAAUUGAAACUGCAUUGAAACCAAGUUGCUUCGACUAAAACAUUUGUGCAAUGAUUUAAUGUUUUGUUAAAAAUCCUUCAAUGUGUUGAAUAAACUUAUGUCAUUGACAGUGAAAUGUGUUCUUUCUAUUCUGGGAUAAUUCUUUAGAACUUAAGUUCCUAUGGAGCUCAUUUCUAAACAUGAUAUGUUGCAUAGUGCAUUUCUUUUAACUCUGUCUCUCCGUAAUUAUUUUCCAUGUUCCGAUGGAAUUCUUCAUUUUGUCAUUAGUAUUUUUUCCCCUAUUAUGGUUAUGCUUGAAUAAUUUUCUCGUUUAUUACCAGAAAGUGUUUUAUUUGGUAUAUUAAAGGGGAAUUCAUGCUCUUUUUCUAUAACACAAAGUUUAUAAAAUUUAAUUUAAUAAGGUAAAAUCAACGAUGGUAUCUCAAUUAGUAGAAAAAGAGUUAAACCUCUAGGUGUCUGAUAGAGUACACUAUUGGACACAUCACAAAUUUUAUCACUUUUUACAAGUGAAUACAUUCAUUUUAAAAAGUAUUUUUUAGUUUAAUAUUUAAGCACAUGGCACAUACACACAGAAUAAAAAAGAGAUCAAGCUGGUGUUUAAUAAACGUCAUUUUAUAUUUCAUCAAACAACGUUCUGGCAAAGGAAUGACUUCAACCAAGUGAUUAAAAAAAAUUAUUUGUAUAAAUAAAUGAUGAUGAAAAAGUCAAUAAAUAAUCGGAUAGAACAAAUACCUUGAUAUACAUUGUGCAAAGUCAUGUGAGCACAAUAUAUAUAUAUAUAUAUAAAUAAUAGACCUCUUUUAAAAAUUCAAAUAACAGAAUUCUCUUAAAUUGACUUUAAAUGAACUUUUCAAAAUGUAUUCACAUCAAAUAUUUUCAAUGAUGAUAUCAGUGGGAUGGUAAAGAAUGUUAAAAAUGUGAAUAGAUGAGAUUCCAAACUAUUCCAACAAGUUCAUCUAGUCCAAUGGUAACAUUCUAUUACCUAGGAGUAAACAAAAGUCAACCAUUAGAACUCUCAAAUAUAAAACAGAUUUCAGUAUACUGAAGAGGUACAUUAUCUUCGGAUAGCAAAAGCAUGAAAAAAAAUAAAGAAAUAAAAUCAUUUCUAAGAAACAAUUGUGUACAUCCAUCAUGCUGACUACAUUUAAUCUGAGGUGCUAUUGAAUGAUUAAACUUAGUCCAUGGGGUAGUAGUUCCAUUUAAUUAGUGUGAUCAUUAGUUUCAGGCGAAGAUUUUCUCUUAUGCUAUUCAUAAACCACUCUUAAAAGGCUUGCAAAAUGAAAUAACUUGAUGUGGCAUUGUAACUUGUGUCUCUGAUUGCAGUCUUGAAUUAAAGAGAAGUAAGAAAGCAUAAAAUGAUGCUUACAUAUAAUUCAGGACAAUCUGAUGUCAAGAAGUAAUAGGAAAGUCAAUGCAGUGUAUGUUGUAGGCUUGCAAUGUCAAAUCACUGAUGUAUUUGGCUUAAAGAUUAAAUCUGCAUCUACAGUUUUUCUACAAUGUCAAAUCACUGAUAUAGUUGGCUUAAAGCUUAAUACCUGCAUCUACAGUUUAAUCUGUGCAGUAGCAAUUGUGUUAAAAUGUAUACAGCUGAUAACUAAUAGAAAGAUAUUACAGCUAUUAAAAAGGAAAAUACAAGACAUUUACAUCUACAAAAGGACUAGAUGCUAUCAAAACAAUAAAGCUUUUAAUCGAUUGAACAUGUAUGCUUUUUUUUUUUAAGUUUCUACCAUCAAAGCAAUAGAAGCAAACAAAAGUAUAUAUUAUGCAUCAAGUAUAGUAAUUACAGAUGUUAGUAGUAUAUCUAUUGAAAAACAAAAAGGUUGAGCCAUCAGAAAUUGUUUCAUUGUACAUUUCAUGAUAGGUUAGAGCAACUUGAUAUUGUAAAAACUUGUAAAUUGCAAUUUAUGACCCUGGAAUCAAGAUGUUUAUUGAGAAUAAAGCAAAAUCAUUUAUUAAUGAGUUGAUCAUCUAGUUAUUGACUCUAGUCUCUAAAAUGAUACUCUCAUUGUACAAAAUUGUUCAAGUCAUGUCUUUCUGAAAAACAGUGUGUGUGUGGCUGAAUGGCUAAAACCGUUUGGCUAUCUAUCAAAGGGGCUUAAGUUUAAUGCUCCAUGAACCAUAGUACUCUGAGCAUGCUAGAUAAUGGUACAAAAUACAUUUUAAAAAAAUAAAAACAUUUCAAUCUAAAAUAUUUUCCCUUCAUUACCAUAAUGACUUUUUGUUUUGUCUUUCAAUAUGUUUCUACCAAGAAUGAAAAGGUUUAGAAAAUAAUUUUUGUUUUACCAACAGUGAACCUCAAAAGGGCUUCUAUCUAAACUAGAUUUGGAUAUUUCACCUAUGAAAAUAAAAAUGUAUGUAUAUAUAAAUAAAUGCAAUUUCUCUAUUAAAUAUAUUUAGUACAUUGUAAAUAUUUUCAUAUUUCAAACAAGCUAUGCAAAGUAUUAGGGAAAAUUCAAUUCUUUUCACUGAUUUACAUCUCAUUAACGAAAGCAAAAUGAAUUUUAUAAACAUUAUUUGUCAUUUUCUAACAAGGGCAAGCGUUUUCAUUUCAUUCUAUACCAAAAUUAACAUAAAUGAUACAAACAGAUUCAAGUUUAUUUGUACUAGGAUAGUACACAACAAAUGAGCUAAAUAAAUCAUUUCAUCAGGUGGGGAAAAUAAUUCCAGAGACAAAGUGUUAAAGCACUCAAGAUUUUCAUUAAAAAAACAAACAAGCUCUAAUCAUUCACAAAUGUAUAUAUAUAUAUAUAUAUAUAUAUAUAUUCUCAGGGAAAGUAAAAUUAUUUUUAAAGCAUUCAGCCAAGAAUAAAAUAUACAACUGACAAGCCCAUUCUAAACAAAAAUAUUAUCAUAUCUAUAAACAAAGUGGGAUUUUUUGUUGCUGUAAGUAUUAUUCCAUUGAUGAAACAUAAAUGUUAUAAAAAUUAAUUACACACACAUACAAACCAAUUGGUUAAAAAGCAUAGAUGAAUGAGCUCCAUGAGUCGAUGCUACCCCCAUCUUCAAACAAGCUUACAAAAGAAUAGAAUGGGGCCCCAUGUAACUCUACACUAUGUGCAACAACAAAAGAAGACCAAAAAAAAAAAAGUCCAUAAACAACCUUGAUCACUUAAAUGGUUUCUAUUUUUCAAUGACCCCUUCUCCACCAACAUGAUCACAGUCUACCAUGUCAUUUGUACUUUCUCCAUGAAAUACUUAGUCAUCAGCAUAUUUGUGCCUGUGACAAUAGUCUUCAUACUACCCACUUUUACACAGCGAAGAUACUCCAUUUUCUCAACUUUUUAUGGCAACUUUUGGAAAGCUUUUUUUUAAAACAACAAUUUAACUCCUAGCUACAUGUGGGACAGCAGUUAAAGCGACAAAAUUUGUCUACAUUUAAAGUACAAAACCAGUUCUAAUCUUGUGAAGAAGAUACUGAGUUUAUGCCCCUGCAGAAAUUAUCAACAUCAUUUAAAAAAAAAAUAAAUUAUUCAAGUAUCUCAAAUAAUCACAGUAAUAAUUAUUUUUAAUCUUAUGUAUAAAUAGCUUCAACUUAACAAUGAUACGAGAUUUUUAAAAAAUAAAACAAUUUAAUUAUAAAAAAAUAAUCAUAUUUGUUUACACAACAAAUAUUCUUUACUGUCUUUCUUUGUAUUUAUUUAGAUAACACAGUUACUAUAUAAACAAGGAUAUCAUAUGUCCAAAUUUAAAUAGCAAUCUCAUUCCGGACAUGAUAAACACACACACACAGAUAACUGAACUACACCCUCUUAAAAACAAGAUGAAAGUGAAUUGUGCGCAAAGAAAGCAGUCAUUCAAUAAAUGGAACAGAGCACACCACAAGAAACAGAACUUUCAGAUAGACAUCACAGCUGCUAGGAAACACAGAAGACUCUCUGCUUAACAGUUUUAAGUACAUUAUAAAAACAAAAAAAACUCAAUCUUCAAAUUCGUCCAUACUUACUUAUACUAAAUAUAGUCAAUAUACAUAAAUAUUAACCAUUUUAGAAGCAAUAGACUUACAAUUUAUGCAAAAUUCUGUAGUAAAAACAUUUUUUU